AUCUUCAUAGAGUUGCCAGCAGUAAUAUUGUUUUUCUGACAACAUUGACAACAACAAAUUUUUUAAGAUUUAAAAACAUUGGUGAAACAAUUGUUUGAACUUUUCUAAAAAUAAAUAAACUCUACAUGAAACUAAUAAAAUCAAGUUGAAAAAAUGUGGAAUUUUUUUUUGUUAUUCAGUGUACGAAAAAAGAUGGAAACUUUAUUCUAUAUUUUAUAAAUUACCCUCAAAUUCAUUGACAAAAGAUUUAUGUAAAAAGAAGAUGUUUAUUUGGUAAUUAGUACCUAUAAUUUUUUUUUAUAAUAUUACAAUAAUUUAAAUGCAAUUUUUCCAAGUGCAUGUGAGUGAAAAAACUUGAAAAAAAGAAAAAAAAAAUUAUAACCUAAAAAAACAGUGCCUGCAAUCUGUGCGUGUAUCCUGUGUGUAUAUAUAACGGAAAAAAAUCCAAUGGAAUUUUAUAUUUCAAUAAUUUAGUUUCUAUUGAGAGAAAAAUGGAUGAAGAAAAUAGUUCGCCUAUUAUUUCCGGUGAUGUCGAGAAUAUAAUCAUUAAAUUAGAACCUUUAGAGGAAUUUUUUCACGAUGAGGAUUCAUCAACAGGAGAUGGUGUUAAUUGUUCAAAUGAAAUUGAUGAGAGUGAAGAGAAGGAUUUUCAUGACGAAUGUCAAGAGCCUGAUGAAAUUCAGUCAAAUAUUGUUCAAAUACCAUUUUAUUUGGAGAAUUAUUUUGCUGACGAUGACGAGGACGAUGAUGAUGUGACUUAUGAUAUUGAUCAAUUAAUUACACAUCAUAUUGAAACAAAUCGUUUAGCGUGUUCCUAUUGUAGAAUAAUUUUCCCCACCGAGAAAUUGCUGCAUGAACAUCUUAUUCUUCAUAUUGAUAUUAAUCGAAUGGGUUGCAAUGUUUGCGAUAAGGAUCUUAAUAUCGCGGAAAAGUAUCAACUUCACGUUAUGGCAAUAACGCGUCAGAGUAUUUACUUUUGUGAUUUGUGCAAAAAGUCUUGUGCCGGAGUUGUUCGAUCCAAGGAUCAAACGCGCACUGAAGGAAAGGCGUACGCUUGUCACGAUUGUGAAAUACAAAUAACUGGAAAACCAUACAUUUUGGGUGGAGCAAUUCCAAAUAAACAACAAACUUGGAAGCAUUCAAAUUGCAAGCCAAUAUUUCAAUCAAUUAAAAAAGAAGACGGAAAUCUCGCGAUUGAAAUAAAAUUAAAUGGCUCGAAGUUAAAUCCAGACAUCUUUUUUCACAAAUGCACAUAUUGUGACGCAUUUUUUGCUCAAUCCGUUACAUUAACGAGGCAUUUGCGCGUCAGACAUAAUGUCACUCGUGACAUGAUGAAUGUAUUAAGAAAUUCAAAAUUAGCCUACGAGGAAUUAACAAUGAGUAAUUUUCAAUUUAUCGAAAAUCAAAAUGCAUUAUCCGAAAGUGAAGAACUCACAAAAUUAGAGACAGAAGAAGUUAGUGAGGAAACAAAAGCGGCAGAAACAACAACAACAACGACAACAACAACAACUACUACUACUGCAAUAACAACUGCAACAACAAAAGCAAAUGAUAAGGAAUGUUUCGAGACAAAAGUAACAACAACGACUGAUGAAUUUAAUCAACGCGAUGACGUUUCCUAUUCAGAGAAUUACAAUGUCAAUAAACAUUUACGUGAAAAACAUAAAAAGAAACGUGCAAAAUACACAUGCAAUACGUGCCUAAAACAAUUUCGCUUAAGACGAUGUUACAAUAGUCAUUUAAAUUUUCACGAGACUAGAAAAAAUCAUCAAUGUGAUAUUUGUGAAUUGGAAUUUUUCACGCGUUACAAAUUGCAGCAGCAUAUGAAAAUUCAUAAUCCAGAGAAAAAAGAGAGUGUGACGAGGAAAAAGAAUUUAUACAAAUGCGAGAAAAAAACUUUAACCGAUCGUAGUCAAAAGAGAAACUUACGACGUAGUCGUUUACGUAAUUCGUGAUAAAAAAGAAAAAGUAAACAGUGAAUUUUUUUUUUUUAUUGUGCAAUUUAGAAAAAAUUACAAAUUUCUUUUUUCUAUCAUCGUUUUUUUUCUAUAUAUAUAUAUAUUUCUGUGAAGAAAAAAGUUAGGAAGAAAUUUUUUUAAAUAACUGAAUAUUUACAUAAUAAACAUAUAUACGAUAAAUUUUGUACAUUCUUCAAAGUAUCCGGUGUUUUUAUUUAGCUAUUUUUUAUUUUCCGAAUCUGGAAACUUCAUUUUCAAAUUGUUCAUUGGCGAUAGGAAAUAAGGAUUUUCUUACAAUUUGUGAAUAUUAGAAGAGAUUAAAUGAAGUUGAAAGAACAAAGUAGGUAUCUUUAACUUCGAAGUGUCUUUAAAUUUAUCGAAAAAAGUUUGUGAGUUUUAUAAUGGCAAAUUUUACAACGUAAAUAAUGUUUUCGGAUUUAGUUUCAUAAAACAUUUUUAAUUUUAAUAGAAUAAAUAAUAAUAAUUACUAUUGUUUUGCAUUUAAUACAUAUCUUUUUUUUUUUUUUGAAAAUAUUUUUCUAAUCAUUAAAUUUCAUAUUUUUCCGUCUAGAAGAAUUUAAUUUCUUCAGUUAUUAAAACAUAAGCGUUGAUAAAUUCGCCAUUAUGAAAUUUAUUUACAAUUUUGCAAUAAGAGCAAUCGAGUUUAAAAAAAAGACAAACAAGUUAUAAAUGUGUUUUUCAUUCCGGAAUUGAUAAACAUAGCACACUAAAAAAGUUUUGAGAAAACUUUAUGCUACAUUGAUUAAAAGUGAAUGUUUCUAUUAUUUUUAGUAUCAUAAAAUAAAUGUGGGAAUGAAUAAAAAUAAA